UAGUUUAAUUAUUCGCUUUUAUUUUGAAAGACCGCACCGGAAGCGGCGUUGUUGAUGAGCCUGCUCUGAUCGUGACGACAGAGAGUCUGAGACCAGCGAGCUCCGAGCGGGCUGCGGAGGAUGUCGACCCCGCUGCGGGGACCAGCUCCGGGCGGGACGCUUGUGUCCAGUCGGCCGCUCCCCGGCCAGUCGCCCCGCACCUGCGGCCGUCUGCACCCAUGAAGCCCCCGCUGAUGAAGCCCCGAGCUGCCAAAGUGAGGCGGAAAGUGGCCGGAGACAGAGAGCAUGUACUGGCGCGUCGGGUUUGCCUGGACGCGGUCGUGUGUGGUUGAUCUUGGCCAGAACCAGAGCUUCUCCUCCGGCCUGCUGGGCUCCGAUGAGCAGCUCUCGUUUUAUGGGUACAUUAUCGCCUACCCACUGCAGGACUACGGCGGGAUCAUGUCAGCUCUGGGCUCGGACUCGUGGUGGCGGAAGACGCUGUAUCUGACCGGAGGGGCUCUGCUCGCGGCCGCCGCUUAUCUGCUGCACGAGCUGCUGGCCAUCAGAAAGGAGCAAGAGCUGGACUCUAAAGACGCCAUCAUACUCCACCAGUUCUCCAGGCCCAAAACUGGCGCCCCGUCCCUGUCCCCUUUCUGCCUUAAGUUGGAGACCUACCUCCGUAUGGUUGACCUGCCCUACCAGAACUACUUCGAUGGGAAGCUUUCACCGCAGGGAAAGAUGCCGUGGAUCGAAUACAACCAGGAGCAGGUGUGCGGCACCGAGUUCAUCAUCGACUUCCUGGAGGAGAGGCUGGGCGCGAGCCUCAACAAGAGCCUGACGCCGCAGGAGAAGGCCGUCUCUCGCGCCAUAACCAAAAUGGUGGAGGAGCACUUCUACUGGACCAUAGCGUACUGUCAGUGGGUGGACAACCUGGAGGAGACCCAGAAGAUGCUGUCAGUGAGCGGACCGCUGAGCGACCUGCUCAAGUGGAUCCUGAGUCACUUGACCGGCGGGAUCGUCAAGAGGGAGAUGUACGGCCACGGGAUCGGACGCUUCUCUAGGGAGGAGGUCUACGACCUGAUGGAGAAGGACAUGCGGACUUUGGCCACGCUACUAGGUGAUAAGAAGUAUCUCAUGGGCUCCAAGCUUUCGACGGUAGACGCUGCGGUGUUCAGCCACCUGGCUCCUGCCAUGUGGACGCUACCAGGAACACGGCCAGAGCAGCUCAUCAAAGGUGAGCUCAUCAACCUGGCCAUGUACUGCGAGCGCAUCCGGCGGCGCUUCUGGCCCGAGUGGUUCGUGGACCUGGAGGACCUGUGCUACAGCGACACCACGGACGGCAGCGACUCGGCCUGCAAGCUCCCCGACCUGGGCCUGUACUCCCGCACGGACUCGUUCCAGGACGACACGCACAACUCGCACACCCACACGCCGCAGGACCCGCCGUCGCCCGUCAGCGACCCCACGGGCCACUCGCUGUAUGACUCUGACAUGGACACGGAGUGCUCUGAAAUGGACCAGCUCAAGUGUUGACAAAAAAACAAAACAAAAAAAAAACACAACAUUACACAGCACAGCGCCAGGAGCACACACACUUGCCCCCCCCCUACCUCUUUUGAGCGGAAGAACACGACAGGGGAGCGUUUUUCUGCGUCGGCGCAGUCGAGGUGGAGCUGAGGACCAACUGCAGUCGAGGGGAAGAAGGGGAAGUGACGCAGAUGAGUUUCAGUGGAGGGCGAGAGGCAGCAGUAGAGAAACCAGGAGUACAUGACGCCGCUGCUGAGAAACUCCUCCACGUGGUCGCAACAUCUCCCCCACGUCGUCACCAUGGCAAUGUGUGUUCGUGACCCCCUCCCCCUCCCGUAGCAACUCGCACCACCCGGCCUUGUGUGUGUUUUGACAACCCUUAUCGCCUUGUAUCGAUACGACGUGGUCAGGCAGGUAACUGUACAGGAUUCAUGCGGAAGAGUUGAGUGUAAAUAUAUAAAAAGGAUCUGAUUUGAUUCUCAGAUUCAAUAGAUAGAAUAUUUAAUUAUAUAUAAAUAUAUGAGUAUAAAUAGUAUAGAUAGCCUGCAGAUGUAGAAUCAUCCUCUCUGUCACAUGGUGUAAAUACUGUGGGUGUUUCUGUUUCCUUUCCGUGUGUCGGCCACAAAUCCUCACGUCAUCGUCUCAUCGAGUAUCCCUCCCCCUUCUGCUGGUCCAGGAUCAGCACGAGGACGCUACGACUUCCUGUCCUAACUACUGGGAUAACACAGUAAUGCCUGCUGCCUGUGUUUUUAAAUAAUGCAGUGACAUUUCUCGGAAGAUAAUCUGCCACAAGCACUUUGAAGCUAUCCUUCAUUUUGCCAAAAAAACCCCCUAAUUUUCCUCUCCCCCGUGACCUUAGAAGCAUAAUAUGACAUCAUACCCUGUCAGGACUGUAGAUUUAGGUCACGUAGACGUCGAGUGCGAGUCAAACAAUCACGUAGAAAUAGAUUAAAUAGAUACACCGUCUGAAUGAGAGUGCAUGGCUGGUACGUGCCGAUAGAAACCUCCCUUUAAACGCCGCGUUAUCCGUGUUUCUUCGCUGGCUUGUUUAUGUUUUGUUUGUCACAAAUCAACCACCCGAGAAUCCACCCAUGAUAGAUAACUUCUGUGUUGACGGCUCGGAAACGUUACGUAGAGCAAUAACAGUCUGGCUGUGUCUGAGGGUUAGGUGUGGGUUUUGUGUGUGUUUGUCACUCAGCAAAUGCACAAACCGACAUAUUGUGUGUUGAAGCUCCUAAUACAGAUGCAAGCGAGGGGACAUACAGUGAAUAUGCUGCGUUUCCACUGAGAGUAUUAAGAACUUUUAGUCCCAGGAACUAAAGACAGGCAAGUCAUUUUCGUCAACAUCGAAAUAAGUCCAUCUGUUCUUUGCUCUGUAACUUCUUGUUGGCACAUAAAUAAUGCAAAAUUAACAAAAUGCGAGCUGAAUUUUUAACAGCGGGUGGCUGUUGUAAAAAGAAAAAAACAAACAAACAAAAGAAAAACGCUGUGAGUGCGUAACCAAUCAGAAUUGUUCAGAGCUGCAAGCCACACCCCCCCAAAAGUUCCUGAACCUUUUUGGAGAUACAACCACCCAGAACAUGGACUUUUUUUUUGGGGGGGGGGGGGCAGUUAUGUCCCUGGAGGUGAAUUCAUGCCCUGGUCCCUUUGCAGAGGAAACCAAUUAGUUCCUCCGAAGGUUCCCGGUCCCUGGGGAAACUUCCUGCAGUGGAAAACGCGGCUCUUGUGGUGCAUGGAUGAGUCACCCUCUGUGCAUGAAUGAUGACGCACUGCUAACGUUUCACAGCUGAACCUUCCCUCAUUAACACACACAGAAGAACACACACACACAAAUUGUCAUGAUGUUGUUCAGUCCAGUUAUAUUCUUAUGUUGUUGUCACGCUGCUGCUUGUCAUUCAUGGUCCGACUCAAGUACAACUCAUGUGAGGCAUGAAUCCAGUCCUCACAGGUCUUUUGAUUAGCGGAUGCCAACUGCUCGAGCUAACUGCUAUCUCCAUAACCAGCUAGCAGGCAGUCAGCAGACUUGUUGGUAAUUUUGCUCAGCUCUGUCGCCAACAGGCAGCAUUCUCACAGUUUGUUCAAAGAUCCAUUUGUCAGACUGUGGCAAGACUGUCUGCAAACGCUCCUCUUUCACGGAACGCGUAAUACCACGACACAGUAGGUUAAGUGAGUUAAUGGCCAUGAAGGCAUCCUCUGUUUUGGACUCUUUGGCUGUCCAUCCCCUCCCGGGUUGACGCUGUCAGAACGGCUUAAUGUUGGUCAACUAGUUGGUUCAUCAAAAUCGAUACAGGAUGCUUUAAAAAAAUCAGCUCUUCAAGUGGAUCCACCAACUGCAUCAGUUCCAUCGGAAUGAACUGAAAUUGGCACAAAAUGUCGCCGCUUUAAAUUCAGAUAUACAGGAUUUGUAUUCAAGUUACAUGUUGGGAGAUAAAUAUCAGAGAGAGAGAUAUUGAAGGUUGCAGAACAAAAUGCCAAAAAUAUUUGAUGAGAUAUGUGUGUGUUAAUUAUUUAUUUAUUUAAUAAUGUAUUUAUUUAUUCAUCUCAGAGUUGCAGGGACGUUGCACAUAAUCACAAGUUUAUCCGUCCUGUCUCAUUUUCAGUAGCAGUCCCUGGGCACAUGUAAUGACAGUAACACAGUUGGUUCAUCAGGCAACAGUGUAGUUUAUUCCACCCAGAAAAUGUCCUGCUCAGUACACAAAAUGACACAGUAGUUCACAGCUAACUUAUAAGCAAUUUUAAUGUGUUUUAAAAAGACGUAAUAUUCCUUUAAUAUAUAUUUUUUAAACCCCUCAAAUAUUGACAGCCGGCCUUAAAAAUCAAAGAUCAGUCUGGCUCGACUGGUGAAGAUAAAGUUAAAUAUAUAAUGAUAUGAUAAAAUAUGUAGCAUUGAUAUGUAGCAAUAUAUUGUAAUUGACAUAAAAAGUAACAAUGUCGUAAAUAAAUUAAGGUGUAAGGUUCGAAAGCUCGAAAGGCGCCUUUGUUGACGCCAGUCUUAAGGAAGACCACGAUGUCGAUUUAACGAGUUUACCACUUUCCUCUGUGUGUCUCCGUCGCUUUACGGCAUUCUGGGUUCUCCGCUCGAUGAAAUAAAGUCCGAAACAUCAAAGUUGUGCUUUAAAUCUAAAGCCUCCAGCGAGGAGACCACUCAGCCUUUUGUGUUUGAGUGCUUCAGAUUCUUUCUGACACAACAACAUCACCUGAAGCAGAAGAAAGAUGAACUGACAGAUUAACUUUCUGUGUCUUAAAAAACCUUCGCCUGCAUGUUUCUUGCCUUGUUUCAUCUCUGGUCAGAUUCGGCCUUAAUGAAACUGACUCCUCAAGCUGUUUACUUUCUACCAGUGCCACCGUAUGACUUGUGUUUUUUUAUAUACGUCAUUGAUUUUCAUAUUUAAUUAUUUAUGCUGUGUGUAUUUAUUGAUUCUGAUGGUGGCUGUACUUUGCACUUCUCUUCUUAUGUUUACACGUGUUUUUUCUUUGGUGUCAGUCAGACGUAUUGAUUUGUGUGUUGGUGCAAUACUGUCGAUUCUCUGACCUCCUCCCUGAUGCUGAACGAGCUGCGUAAUCUCCAAGUCUUUCGCCGUACUUGCAUGUAUGUCCAUGUUUUGAGAUGUCAUUUGAUAAAUGUUAAAGAUUCAUGUCACAAUAUCACUAAUAUGAUUCGUCUUAAUGGUGCAAUAUGUGAGACUUUAAGUUGAAAAUGUUUAGAAAUGUGCUGAAACUAUCAACAGAAUGUGAAUGGCAAGCUGACGUUGUGACACCUGUUGCAGGGAUAAAGACUGAAGCUAGCAUGCUAACUAGCUAGCCCUGGCACACCCCGGUCCAUGGCCCAGUCCGGACCGCUAACUGCACGGCUAACUAAGCUAACUAGCUAAUGGCAGAUACUCUAGUAGUAGAAAAACUCUUACAUACUGCACCUUUUUAAAAUAGUUCAGUCCCUCGUCUGUUCGACUCUUAAAACCAUUAAAGGGACACUGCGCAGUUUUGGAGGAGAAAUUCAAACUCAGAAUUUUAAUAUUUACAAAAUGAAUGAGGUAAUAAGAUAUAUUUUUUUUCCCGUAAGUGAAUAAACAAGCUGGUCUCAGAGGAAUAUAACGUCCCCAGAACACUGUUUGAGAUUAGAAAGGUGGCAAGGUCCGCCACAUGUAAACCAGUCUGACUGAAGUGUCUUCCCCAAAACUACAUAGUGCACCUUUAAAAAACAAAAACAAAACAUGAAAUAUUGACUGCUAGAGCUCAGACCUGCACGUCGAGGUCGGCCAUAACUGCAACAACUCCUUCCAGAUCAGCGUCCGUGGUCAUCAGUCCCGGUGUUCCUCAGCAGUCGAAGGUCAGGGGUCAGCCCCCCCCCUCCAUCGAGAUCUCUGCUGGUAGACCGUAGAAGCCAUACUACUACUGCAUUGUCUCGUGGUGUCGUGUGUGUGUGUGUGUGUGUGUGCUGAAACACUCGUGGAGUCUCAUCAGAACUGUAAAUAAGACAGCUUAAUCUAAUCAAUGAUGCGAACAUGAUCUAAAAUGCUCUGUAACAUUAAAAAAAGAGAGAUUCUUAUGAAUGUAUCAUACCUAGAGAUUACGAAAAAAGCUGUAUGAGAAUGGAUUACUCUUGAUAUUUCAUUAAAUAUAGCUGUGGUAUUUUC